GCAGCCGGAACAGAAAACACAGCGCCGUCACUGGAGCCAAACAAACCCGAGCUACAACGUGCGGCGCACUAUACGGCUGUUCAGCUAGCAGACUGUGUCUGCGGGCAACUCAACAGUUCACGAGUCACCUAGUUAGUAUAAACGUCUUUUAACCUUUUUACCAUAUACUGGGAAAAACAACACAGUCUCUCCUGCAAGGACAAUCGCCUACACACAGAGAGAGAGACGGAGGAAAUGGCCACAGUAACAGUGGCUGAAGCUGAGCCGACAUCUCCCGAUGGCUCGGGAUGGACUGACGAGCAGCUUCGUAAAUACCCUUUCCCAACGAAACAAAUCCCACGACUUUCUCACACGGACCCCCGAGCAGAGAUCCUAAUCAACAACGAGGAACCUGUGGUGUUAACAGAUACCAACUUGGUUUUUCCAGCACUCAAGUGGGACAUCAAUUACUUGCAAGAGAACAUUGGCAAUGGGGACUUUUCUGUGUACAUUGCUGAAAACCACAAAUUCUUAUAUUACGAUGAGAAGAAAAUGUCAAACUUUGAGAACUUUGUGCCAAAGUCACGCAGAAUAGAGAUGAAGUUUUCUGAGUUUGUAGAAAAGAUGCAUCAAAUGGAGGAGCUGAAUGGAAAACAGAGAGUAUACUUGCAACAAACCCUGAAUGACACAGUAGGGCAGAAAAUUGUCGUGGAUUUUCUGGGAUUCAACUGGAACUGGAUCAACAAACAGCAAACCAAACGAAACUGGGGGCAGCUAACAUCAAACCUGCUGCUCAUAGGCAUGGAAGGCAACGUGACACCAGCGCAUUAUGAUGAGCAGCAGAAUUUCUUUGCACAGAUUAAAGGUUACAAGAGAUGCAUCCUUUUCCCACCAGACCAGUUUGAGUGUCUCUAUCCUUACCCUGUUCAUCAUCCAUGUGACAGACAGAGCCAGGUCGACUUUGAAAACCCUGAUUAUGAAAAGUUUCCCAAAUUUAAAAAUGCUUUCGGAUAUGAGGCCGUCGUUGGACCAGGCGAUGUGCUGUACAUUCCUAUGUACUGGUGGCAUCACAUUGAGUCCCUGUUAAAUGGAGGAGUAACAAUCACAGUCAACUUCUGGUACAAGGGUGCACCCACUCCAAAGAGGAUAGAGUACCCACUGAAGGCCCAUCAGAAGGUGGCCAUUAUGAGGAACAUUGAAAAGAUGUUAGGAGAGGCCUUGGGGGACCCACAUGAGGUUGGUCCACUGCUGAACACCAUGAUCAAGGGGAGAUACGAUCAAGGUCUGAGUUAAUCAGCAGUUUUCCUCCAGCGUGCUGUAUGUAGUAGAGCAUAGGGAUGUGGAUGGAUUCUUGUCUGUACAGUCAAGAUUGUUCAAUUAACUGCAUGGCAGCAUUUUGGCUACACUCAUUUCAGUCUGCUUUGAAUAUCUCCAGCUGUUAUAUCUGCUAAAGGAAGGUACCACUAGAGAAGAUUGAUUUCCUCUGUCUUUCGAGUCCUCAUAAUAUGUGAUAUAUGCUGAUUAGUUAUAUAAUGCAGUGUGGGAGAAAAUAAACAUUCGGAGCACACACGCCUCUGCAAUAGCACCUGUUUUUCGUUGUUUCGUUACCUUGCCGGAGUAAAUGACUGUCAAUUUUAAGAGUGCUUCCAGCAAGUUGUGUUAUUAGCAGAUUUGUACUGUAAACUGUAAUUUAUGCAGGUUAUAAUGUUUUGGAGAUCAGUGCCGAUGUUUUUCCCUUUAGCUCUCUCUUUAACCCCGCCUCAGAAAAGUGUCGAGUACAGUCGCAGUAGUGAUGUGCAGGAAGUAUUGUUUUAAACCCCUGAAGGACUGGGACUGAUAGGAUUUUUUUUUUUUUUUUUAAAUACGUUUUGAUAAUUGCUAAAAAGAAAUCGAUCUUUCUGUGCAAAUGAAGUCAUGUAUUUGUUGGACCCUUUUGCAUUGUUUGAUUGUGACCCUUCCUUUACACAUGGUACAAUUUUCAAACGUUUCACUUACUGUUUGUGUGUGAAUUCAAUAAAAACAAGUAUUUUACGGUAAGAAAGGAUCCUGUCCCACGUAGGAACGAUGCUUCUUUAUAUAACGACACAGAACCUGGAAGUCAACAGUAUGCCUCCUUUUUCCGAGGCUACUUCAGUAUUAUUAAAGUGUUCCUCGAAUCCACACCUACAAGGAAACACAAAGAAAAGUACAAUCCUAAAUAACCUGCUUGUUUAUUUAUUGAGAUCUGAUUAACUGAUUACUUUCCAGAUUAGUUUGUUUUGCACUUUUUUUUUUGUAAUGUAGAUUUUUUAAAACCUGUGUAUUUUGUUGAUCUUCAGUAGCUGAAUGUUUAUGCUGAAUUUAAUUACACAUCUCUAGACCCAAGAGAAGUUCCGAUUGAUGACUGUUGUUCUAAAGUGAUUAUUGCACAGAAGUGAAUUAUUUUGUGGGUUUAUUGAAAUUGUUAGACUUUGCAUACUUGGUUUUGUAUCCGCUCUCUCUCACUCUGUAUGUGCUGUGUGCCAAACUGAUUUUCCUAACAUGAAGUUGUGAUUGAAAUCAAAGCUAAACGUGUC